AUGACUCAAAAGGCAGGACAAACAGAGAUUGAGGCUAAAUUAAAGGCUGAACAAGCAAAAUUAGAAACUAAAUUAAGAAAUGAAAGAACGAAUUUAAGACGUCUUUUUACUGUAGCGGCAAACACGUUCGAUGAUAUUCAUCAUAAGAUUGAUAAAGUAAAGGACAUUCACGUUCAAUAUAACAAAGUUGUCGAGAAAGCUGAGCGUUUAUUUAAAGUUGAUGAUGAAAUUAAAGAAUGUAUUAUUUUUACUGAUGAAGAAUAUGAUACGACGGAAUCAUACAGAGACAGAUUUACCGAAAUAAGAGUUGUUUAUGAAAAACAAUAUACAGAAGAUAAAAGUAGCUCUGUAGUUUCCCGUAAAUACUCACAUGACAAUUUAAAAUUGCCAAAAUUAAGUAUGAAAGAGUAUGAUCUAAUACCUAGAACCUGGGUUGCGUUUUGGGAACAAUUUUGUCGUAUUGAUGAAGAUGAGAAUAUAAGAGAAGAAGAUAAGUUUCAAUAUUUAUUAUCUUCGUUAAAACCAAAAACAAAGGCUCGUGAUAUUGUGGAAAGUUACCCACCGUCUAAGGACAAUUAUGCGAAAGUUAUAGAGCAUUUGAAGUCCCGAUUUGGGAGGAAGGAUUUACUGAUUGAAGUUUACAUUCGAGAUUUAUUAGCAUUAGUCAACAGUAAAUCGAAUAUCAAGUUAAAUGAUUUGUACGAUAAACUUGGUUCAUAUUUACGUGCGUUAGAGACAUUAGGUGUGACAACGUCUAAUUAUGCAGCAAUGUUGUAUCCAGUUGUUGAAUCGUGUCUCCCAACAGAAAUCUUAAAAGCAUGGGAUAGAUAUAGGCUGAAUAGAGAAGACAAAGAAGAUGAUCCUGUUGUCUCGAAGGUUAAAGUCCUAGAAAAGCUUAUGACUUUUUUACGUCAUGAAGUAGAAGGCGAAGAACAUCGUUUUCUAGCAGAAACUUCAUUUGGCGAUGGUAUGAAACGUAAAGAAUCUCAUAAACCACCACUAAGAGAUGAACCCACUGCUGCUACUCUAAUUGCGAAUACAUCAGUUGGAAGAAAUCAGUGUAUUUUCUGUGAGCGUGCUCAUGCAAGUCAAGACUGCCAGAAAAUCUCCAACUUGGCUUAUGAGGACAGAAAGGGACAAGUUAUGCGCAAGAGAUGCUGCCUCGUUUGCCUUAAACCUGGUCAUAUCGCAAAAAGGUGCCAUAGUUUCGUUAAAUGUUUGAUUUGUGGACGAAGGCAUUAUGCUUUACUAUGUCCAGAUUUACGAAAGGAUAAAAUUUCAUCGAAGAGUAGAGAAGUUGAUGAGGAGCAACAUUCCACGGAAACUUUGUUAACAAAUCUUCCCUCAGAACGUAAAAUUUAUCUAAAAACUAUCACUGUCAGACUACGACAUAAAAACAAAGAAGUCUGUGUUCGCGCAUUGAUGGAUGAUGGAUCCCAUCGUUCUUAUAUUGAAAAGAGUUUAGCUGCAGAGUUGAAUCUUUCUCCUUCCGGAACGGAAGUGCUUUCUCAAGGAUUGUUUGGAGGCGGAAUUUCUCCUUCUAUGGAGUAUGGGAGAUUCACAGUAACGGUUGAAAGGAUGGUUCGUAAAUAUUCGACUUCAAUGUCUCUUCUUGAUCAACCGAAAAUUUGCUCAACUUUACCAAGGAUAAGUGAUAGAAAUUUAAUUGCCGAACUUGCUUCUCAAGGGAUUAAACUGACUUAUGUUGGACAAGAUACGCCACCCAUAAGAGUUCUUCUGGGAGCUGAUGUGCUUGGAAGAAUAUUGACCGGAAGAGUAGAGAUACUUGCGUCCGGAAUAUCAGCCAUAGAGACUUUAUUGGGUUGGACCAUUUUAGGAUUAGGGAAGAAAAAACAAUCUGUUUACAUGGUUACACUAGCUCUGCAAAAUAUCGAGCUUCCAAAAAUUUGGGAUUUAGAAGUUUUGGGAAUUAAAGAUCCCAUUGAAAGGAAAAAUAAGUCAAUUCUUCCAUCCUUCAAACGACCAGGAUAUGCUUCUCUAAAUGAAUGUUUAAGUGUUGGACCUAGCUUCUCAGAACAGAUUCCUCCUCUUCUCUUAAGAUUUCGCACUAAUAACUUCGGAGUGAUUGCUGACAUUAAGCAAGCUUUUUUACAAUUAAGUGUCAGAACAGAGGAUCGUGAUUUUUUGAGAUUCUUGUGGUGGGAUUCCAAAGAUAGUUCGAAAUUGGAAUUUUUCAGACAUUGUAGAGUUGUCUUCGGAGUUGCAUCAAGCCCUUUUCUUUUGAAUGCUAGCAUUCGCCAUCACUUGGAUUCAGCUGAAUUCCAAAAUGAGUCUCUUCAACCGACAGUCCAGAAACGUAAACGAGGAUUUUAUGUGGACAAUUUAACAAUCAGUGUUGAAAACGAAGCAGAAUUAUUACGGUUCAAGGAACAAGCCAUGCAAAUAAUGAAUGCAGCGUCCUUUGAAUUACGGAGUUGGGCUCACACAGGAAUUAAACAUCUAGAAAGUCAAAAUGUGCUUGGACUUAAAUGGGAUACCGAGACCGAUGAGCUCUACUGUGUUCAUCCUGAAGCUGAUAUGGGAAUAAGUGACACUAUUUCUAAGAGGAAAUUACUUUCAAUUGUAAAUAGUAUAUAUGAUCCUAUUGGUUUCACCUCACCUGCGACUUUAUUACCAAAAUUAUUGUUGCAAGAAGCCUGGCGUAGUAAAUUGAACUGGGACGAGGAGUUAACACCUGAUAUGCAAAAACGGUAUCAACGAUGGGCUAAACAUUUAGAUAUUAUUGAAAGAUGUAGAAUUCCUCGCAAGCUAUUUUAUGGAAGUUUCGAAAAGGCUACCUUGCACAUAUUUACGGAUGCUUCUGCUCAUGGGUAUGCGUGUUGUGCUUUUUUACGGUGUGAAGAAGAGGGAGAAGUGAAAAUCUCAUUGGUUUCCGCAAAAGCUAGAGUAGCACCUGUACCGAGACCUACAAUUCCCCGAUUGGAACUAUUAGGAGCAGCCAUUGGAGCUAGAAUUGCUUCAACAAUUAAAGAAGCGCUUGACCUAUCUUUGGAGACCUAUUUUUGGACAGAUUCUAUGGUAGUUCUGGUAUGGGUUACUAACUUAGAACCAUGGAAUAUGUUUGUGGAUAUACCUUCAAGACCAUGCGAUUGGUUUGAACUUUUACGAAGCCAGUGGUGGGAGGGUCCAAAAUGGCUCUACGAACCUCCGGAGUUUUGGCCCUAUGCUGAAAUAACUCUACCAGAACAGGCAUUAGUAGAAAGACGAAAGUCUGUUGCUGUAAAUCUUAAUAUCAAUACCAAAGAAUGUCUUGGAAGUAGAUUUUUAUACUUUUCCAGUUAUCCAAGAAUUAUCCGAGUGACAGCUUGGGUAUUGAGAUUUUGUCGGAACAUAAUAAACAUAGUGAAUUCAGACAAGCUGACAAAAGAGCUGUCAUACGAAGAAAUUCAAAGAGCUGAAGAAGCGUUGAUCCGAUUAAUACAAUCAGAAUGGCCGUCUGAUAUUCGUGAAAAAUACACGCAGACAAUUCAGUUCUACGAAGAGAAUAAGAUUUUGAAAGUUCGUUCGAGACUAAUAUUUGGAGAAGAUCCAGAAGAUUUUGUACGACCUACAGUUUUACCAGAUCAUCCAAUUGUCAGGAGACUUAUUGAUUAUAUUCAUCAGAAGCUUCACCAUGCUGGCGUGCAAACUAUUCUGUCUCAUUUACGCGAACGGUUUUAG